AUGGGCAAAUCGCAGUCAAAGCUCUCACAGGAGCAGCUCGCCGAGCUCCAAAAGUCAACUCACUUUGAUAAGAAGGAGCUUCAGCAAUGGUACAAAGGUUUCCUGAAAGACUGCCCAUCGGGCAUGCUCUCCAAAGAGGAGUUUCAGAAGAUCUACCGGCAAUUUUUUCCAUUCGGAGACCCGAGUUCGUUUGCCGAUUAUGUGUUCAACGUGUUCGACAGCGACAAGUCUGGUAGUAUAGACUUUAAAGAAUUCAUCUGUGCACUGAGUGUUACCAGCCGGGGCAAGAUGGAGGACAAGCUGGACUGGGCGUUCCAACUGUACGAUAUCGACGGCGACGGCAAGAUAAGUUACGACGAGAUGCUCCAGAUCGUCGAGGCAAUCUACAAAAUGGUUGGCUCCAUGGUCAAGCUUCCCGAGGACGAGGAUACACCCGAGAAGCGGGUUAGGAAAAUCUUCCGCAUGAUGGACAAGGAUGAAAACGGCAGCCUUGACAUGGAAGAAUUCAAAGAGGGAAGCAAACGGGACGAGACGAUUGUUUCGGCACUGUCUUUAUACGACGGGCUUGUGUAG